CUCAGCCAGUGCAGAUUCAACUCACAGACAGAGACCAGACAACUAGACAGAGACGCAACUCUUUGUGCUGGAGAUAAACACUGUGUCGAGGAAGACUAAUGUUGUGACCUUCGUCUGAACGGCGUUUGGACAUUAAUAGAGUAUCUAUUUCUAACAUUAUAGUCAAGGUCUUAUCUGGAAUAUUCACAUCAGAUUUGCAGGACAGCCACGUCCUUCAGUAAUAAUAGAGCUAGGUGUUGCAGUUUCUUCGCAGUGGUCUGGGAAAACCAUACUCAUAGAUAGGUUCCACCCCGGCAUGGAUGUUGGUGUUGGCACUGAAAAGAAAAGGGUGAGCUCGGACCGCAGGAAGGAGAAGUCCCGCGAUGCCGCUCGCUCCCGGCGGGGUAAAGAGUCGGAGGUGUUCUACGAGCUGGCCCACGAGCUGCCCCUGCCUCACAAUGUGACCUCCCACCUGGACAAGGCCUCCAUCAUGAGGCUCACCAUCAGCUACCUGCGUAUGAGGAAGCUGCUCGGUGCUGAUGUGAGCGAGGAGGAGUCCGAGAUGGACAGCCAGCUCAACGGGUUCUACCUGAAGGCUCUGGAGGGCUUUCUGAUGGUGCUCUCUGAGGAUGGAGACAUGGUCUAUCUCUCGGACAACGUCAGCAAGAGCAUGGGACUCACGCAGUUUGAUCUGACGGGGCACAGCAUCUUUGACUUCACACACCCUUGUGAUCACGAGGAGAUGAGGGAGAUGUUGGUGCACAGAACGGGCACCAAGAAGGUGAAGGAGCAGAACACGGAGCGAAGCUUCUUCCUGCGCAUGAAGUGCACGCUCACCAGCAGAGGCCGCACCGUCAACAUCAAGUCUUCCACCUGGAAGGUGCUGCACUGCAUGGGUCAUGUGCGCGUCCAGGAGCGCGAGGAGGUGCCCGCCGACUCUGGCUACAAGGAGCCCCCGCUCACCUACCUGGUGCUGAUCUGCGAGCCCAUUCCCCACCCGUCCAACAUCGAGGUGCCGCUGGACAGCAAGACCUUCCUCAGCCGCCACACCCUCAACAUGAAGUUCUCCUAUUGCGACGAGAGGAUCACAGAACUGAUGGGCUACGAGCCAGAUGACCUGCUGAACAAGUCUGUGUACGAGUACUACCACGCCCUGGACUCCGAUCACCUUACCAAGACACACCACGACUUGUUUGCCAAGGGCCAGGCCACCACUGGCCAGUACCGCAUGCUGGCCAAGAAGGGCGGCUAUGUGUGGGUGGAGACCCAGGCCACGGUCAUCUACAACCCCAAAAACUCCCAGCCCCAGUGCAUCGUGUGCGUCAACUAUGUGCUGAGUGGCAUUGAGGAGAGCGAUCUGCUCUUGUCCCUGCAGCAGACCAUCACAGAGCCCAAGACUGAGAAGGUGGAAGUGGACAAGGAGGAGGAGGAGGAGGAGGUAGAGGAGGAGGAAGUGGAGGAGGAGUUGGAGGAGUUGGAGGUGAAAGUGGUGGUGGAGAAGACCUCGGAGGAGAAGGAGGAGAAGAAUGACAAGGAGAAGGAGAACUCUGAGCAGAGCAUCACCAAGCUCUUCAUCAGCCACAGCGAGGUCAGCGACUCCGACAGCCUCUACGAGCAACUGAAGGCGUCCGGCUCGGACCUCACCCUGCUGGCGCCCGCCGCUGGAGACACCAUCAUCUCGCUGGACUUCACCGGACCCGACUCUGACCUGCAGCUUCUGAAGGAGGUGCCGCUGUACAACGACGUGAUGCUUCCCUCCACCAGCGAGAAGCUGCCCCUGGCCCUCUCCCCCAUGACCUCCCUGGAGUCCUCUCCGUCACUGGCCAGCACCUUGACCUCUGACCCCGUCACCACGGCGACCAGCUCCGGCCCCGAGACCAGCUCCCCAGAGCCCAGUAGUCCCUUGAACUACUGCUUCACAGUGGACCCAGACAUCGGGGCUGAGUUCAGUAUGGACAUGGUGGAGAAGCUGUUUGCUAUCGACACCGAAGCAAGAACCCCCUUCAGCACUCAGGACAUGUGUGAUCUGGACCUGGAGAUGCGGGCCCCGUACAUCCCCAUGGACGACGACUUCCAGCUCCGCAUCCCGUCGCCCCUGGAGCCCCUCCCGGUCGGCAACCUCCCCAUGGCCGACAUGAGCUCCAUAUUCCAGCCGCUGCCCUCCGACACCCCCUCCUCCUUCUCCUCCUCUUCCUCACCCUCUGCUUCUCCCUUCUCCUCCCCCUCCCCCUCCACCUCCUCCUCCUCUGCCGCCCCUUCUCCUGGUGUCAGGCUCUCUCCCGCGCCCCUACACAUGCUGGUGGAGGGCCAAAGCACCCCCGGCUCCUCGCCGCUGCGCGCAGUGCAUCUCCAGGACUCCACAGCCACAGAUGCGCAGCCGCGCGGCCUCCUAGAGCGGCUCGAGGCCAGCAAACUCACCUCCAGAAUGUCAGCUGUGGACCAGUCAUUAUCUCCAAAGAUGCUGGCUCUGCAGAACAACCAACGCAAGCGCAAGCUGGAGACCACCACACUGGCCCAGGCAGUCGGACUGGGUGCUCUGUUGCAGAGUGUGGACAGUUCCUUAACGACAGAGUCCAGCAAGAGGGCCAAAGUGUUGGAGGUGAAGGGCUCCAGUAUGCUCGGCGGGAACAAGACCAUCCUCAUUCUGCCCUCUGACAUGGCGAGUCGUCUGCUGAGCAACUCGUUGGAGGCGGGCGUGGGCAAUGGCCUGCCUCAGCUGACGCGUUACGACUGCGAGGUCAACGCUCCCAUCCAGGACCGCCACCUGCUGCUCCAGGGAGAGGAGCUGCUGAGGGCGCUCGACCAAGUCAUUUGAUUGCUCUCCUGUCCCCCCCGCCCCCCCCUCUCCUUCUCUCUCCCUCUCCCUCUCUCGCUCUCUCUCCCUCUCUCUCUCUCUCUCUCUCUCUCUCUCUCUCUCUCUCUCUCUCUCUCUCUCUCUCUCUCUCUCUCUCUCUCUCUCUCUCUCUCUAUCUCUCUCUCUUUCUCGCCUGGCAAUACAGGACACUUCCACAACUCCCACCCUCCUACCCGCCCUAGAACCGUGCCCCAGAAAGCAACCCCACCCCAACCCAUUCUCCCUCCCAUCUUUCUAUUUAUAUUUUCUAUACGCAGUUCUUCUUACACGCCUGGCAAAUUACUUGCUACUUCUGUAAAUGUUCAGACCCACUCCCCACCAUUCCUACCAUCCCCUUCUCCUAUGUCUCUCAAACCCCCAUCCAGACCCAUCCUCCAUGCGCACGCACACCUAUACACACACGCAUCUCCCAGAGGGGAUCAGAAUGUAGCCUCAGAACGCUUGCCUCCUGAUUGUGGAGCCCCAAAGGGUCAGGGAUGUGGUGUGUUAGUGUGUGUGUGUACGUGUGUGUACGUGUGUGUUUUUGUAUGUGUGUUAAUGGCGUUGCACAGUGGCAUCCAACUUAACCGAAGAGUUGUUUUUUCCGUGUUUUAAAAGCAAAGGCCUUAAAAGCGAAAGAGAAAAUAAAACACAUGUCCAGAGUACACACCUCUCACAUGGUGACCACCACCCCAAAGAUACCCCUCCCCACUCUCCUUACCCCCCCCCCAACCCCCAUCCAAAGUAAAACAAUGUCCCUUGUUCUCAAGCAGUGUGUUGCUACAGUCGCACAAUGAUCUAUUUUCUUAAAGAAAGACAAAAACAAACAAAAGAACGGAUACCAGCAGUCCAUGCAAUAUACAAAAAAAAAAGGAUUGUAAAGGAUGAUUACUUUUAAUGGAAGAUUUGAACAAUUUAUAUUUUCUCUCUGUCUGUCUGUCUGUUUUCCUUAGUAGGCAUUGAUGUUUUUUCAGUGUUCUUCUGUAGCAGUUUAAUGUUAAGAGGUGUUUUUUAAUGUAUGCCAACAUGCUACUCGUAAAAGGUUUUAAGGAAGAAACAUUUUUACCAUGCGCUUUUCAUUCAUAAUCUUGCUCCAUCAUUGCGAUCCAGUUUGCAGUGGUGCACGAGUGGACCGCUCAAAGAUUUAAUCGCAGAAUCAAGUUUGGCAAAAAAAAAUUGGCAAUGUAAACUAAUUGUCAAAGGGAAAUCAAGGGUCACCCCAAACCAUAGAGGGUAUAGCCGAUACCCCUUUUCCCAGUUGUUGAGUUAGGCAAUGUGUCGUAGACACACAUUUCGGGAAUAGUUUAGAAUUCCCAACUCUAUUUGUAAUAGAUGUCUAGAAGGCUUGUUUUUUGUUUUUUGAAAUCAUGCUUUAUUAGGGUGCAUUGUAACAGGUUUGUUGAUGUAUUAGACUUCGUCAGCGUAUAUGAAUAUAUAUCAAUUGUGCAAAAAGGCAACUCCGCUACCAUCUUUUCACCUUAUUCAUGACAGUUCUCGGGCAGAUAAAAACGCAUGUAUCAAGACAAUUUCUUUCCUACCGUGUGCUCAUCAAGAUCAUCUUGUAAGUAACAAUGUUAGCGUUGUUAACUGCAGCUAGAUCAUUUUGUCUUUUCAUAUUUUAGAAAAGCUGUUUUCUUCUGUGAUGCAUCAUAUUGUAAGCCUUUGUUUUAAUUCAUCUCUGCACCUGUAUUCUCUUAACACUAAAUGUAUCGUUUAUUGCAUCAUCAGUAAAGGACAAUUGUGGACCAGA